AGGCCAGGCGCUUAUUUUUUUCUCUAGAUAAAGAUGUCUGACGAAGGAAAGCUUUUUGUUGGAGGAUUGUGUUUUGACACAGAUGAAACUUCACUGGAAGAGGCGUUUUCCAAGUAUGGCAACAUUGCUAAAGUUGAUGUUGUAAGAGACAGAGAGACUCGGAGGUCCAGGGGUUUCGGCUUUGUGACUUUUGAAAACCCUGAAGAUGCCAAAGACGCAAUGGCUGCAAUGAAUGGCAAGUCUGUUGAUGGCAGGAUGAUCCGUGUGGAUGAAGCUGGCAAGUCGGGAGGGAGAUCUGACCGUGGUGGUGGUGGCGGCUUCAGGGGGGGUUCUGGCGGCUUCAGGGGGGGUUCUGGCGGCUUCAGAGGAGGCAGAGGAAGAGGUGGUGGCUAUGGUGGAGGAGACAGAAGCUAUGGUGGAGGAGAGAGAAGCUAUGGGGGGGAGAGAAGCUAUGGAGGUGACAGAAGUUACGGUGGUGGAGGAGACAGAAGUUACGGUGGUAGCUACAGGAGUGGUGGAGGAUACUCCUCUGGGGGUGGCAGCGGAGGUUACAGAGAGGCCAGGAGUGGGGGUGAAAGUGGUUAUGGUGGCCGCUCUGGGGGAUCCUACAGAGACAGCUAUGACAGCUAUGGUUAAACUAAGCGUUGGAUGUGAAAGCCUGCUUUAACACGAGGUUGUGGACUUCGACGCUGACUGUUUCGUUCCAGUGCUUCCUUUGGAGGUUCACCACAGGAUGGUUUGCCCUGAAACUGCUCCUUGGAAAAUCAUCACCAGGAGAUAUCUAAGACUGAACUGGAGAUGUGCUGCUGAACUGGACUUGUUGUUUAGUCAAGACCUGCCUUGGAAUGGGAGUGCAUAUCUGAACCAGAUUUUAUAUAUACAUGACGUUUACCAAAUGGUUUGUCAUUCUGGCGUGCCAAUACAGUACCUGUAUUACAAGUAUACACUUUGUAUUUUUUUGGUGAAGUACUCAAACGAACAUCUUGGAAAUUGAAUGGAUUAAAUAUUAUUUUUUUCAAAUUGGUUGUCUCUUGCACAUUUUAUGGGACGUUCUUGUAAUGUCUGUUGUACAGCACAGACUUUCCGUUCAGGACUACUCAUUGAAUCGGUGGCUGUAUUGACCCAAAGAUAGGCAAAUGCACAGGCAGUUGGCUGUAGUUGACCCUCCAACGUAACAAAUUUACUUUGAUUUAAAAAUAAAUAUAUCAAAUGCUAUUCCUGAGCUGUGGAGGGUUUUCUCUGCUUAAUAUUCAUAAGCUGGGCGUAACUGCAAGGGACGCAUCAAUACAUAUACCGGGAGGCCUCACAUCUCAUUCAUUCCCAUCUGCUGCAGGUCGUUCGGAAGAUAUUCUGUUUUAUUGGAGUGGUGAAAAGGAAGGAUGUCUGACGAAGGGAAGCUUUUCGUGGGUGGCCUCAGCUUUGACACUAACGAACAGUCAUUAGAAGAUGUAUUCUCUAAAUAUGGGCAAAUAUCUGAAGUUGUUGUAAUUAAAGACAGAGAAACUCAGAGGUCCAGGGGCUUUGGUUUCGUUACCUUCGAGAACCCAGAUGAGGCCAAGGAUGCUAUGCUGGCCAUGAACGGCAAGUCUCUUGAUGGCAGACAGAUCCGUGUCGACCAGGCGGGCAAAUCUGGCGGUGGUGGCAGGUCCGGAGGCGGAUUCCGAGGGGGCUCUUCAGGCGGCAGAGGAGGUGGAGGAGGAUACUUCCGUGGAGGCAGAGGUGGUGGUGGUGGAAGAGGUGGUGGAGACCGGGGAUAUGGUGGUGGACGUUACGACAACAGAAGUGGAGGCUCAUACGGAUCAGAAAGAGGCUACUACAACAAAGACAGAGCACAAGGAGGAGGAUAUGGAGAUCGUUCAGGAGGUGACGAGGGUGGCUGGUAGGACAGUGGCGUCCGGAUGCCUGUCGUCUGGGCACGGCCCCUCACCCCAAACCGGGGGCCCCAUCCCGAUGACGGCGGGCCUGGCCUGGUCCUAGCCCAGCGCCUGCUGCUCCGCGACACUUUAAAUCUUCUUCUGAAACCCACCAUGUAGAUAAGAGCAGUCCUGGAUAAGUGCGGGGAGGGCUGGCUUGCACUCCGAGCCACCCACCACCGGUCUGUUCCAAGUUUAUGUUUUUUACUUUCUGAUCCUCCUUAUUUGUUAUUGAAAACCGCAGAGAACGACAUUUUAAUUUACAGUUUUUGUGGGGAGCUCGAAAGAGCAAGGCUCAUGUGCUGUAGGCCUUUGCCUCACUUUGGGCUGUGCACAACCUGAAAGACAGGGAAUGUAUCUUGGAUAGAGAAUGGUAAUGCUGUUGUAGUUUCAAAGCUCUGCUCUGUAACAAAGUAUGAAAAUGCUUGGCACUUAUUUUGGUUGAUUUGAUUGUGACUGCUUUGCCACCCAUUAAUGGUGAUGAGUCUGAAUGAGGGAAAUGUACACAAAUGUCUGAAACCUUCCAUCACCACCAUGUUUGCACUGUUCUACCUGACAGAGGGAGGGAUGGUGGAGACCUUCUCUAAACGUUCUCUAGUCCACUGGGCUUCUUAGGAUCGCUGUGGGUUCUGGUAAAUGAAGAGGGCCUACUCAAUUGUUUUCUGGAUCACUGAUCUGUUGUUUGACUGACCUAUCUAUGGCAGGUUCUUGUCUAAUUUAUUUUGGUUUCUACUGAGAACAUUUUUUAUUUUAUUAGCUGCACAUUUUGAAUAAGGAACUGUCACAUGACAGUUGAGUACACAGCGGUGAAUUAAUGUGAAGCGGGCCAGUUCUUAAAGGUAACUACUACUUAGCUCUUUUCAACAAACCUACUUUUUAUGAUGGUACAAAUGGAGUGAUUUCACAACUGUUCUCGUCAUAGCAUCAGAUUGGUUUUGUAUUUGAUUUUUUUUAAAGCAUUCUGUAUCUUCAUGGUUGUAUUUUUCCUAAAUAAAAAACCUUUACAAA